CCAGUUCGCCAGUCCACUGGCUCCUGGCGCCCCAUCUGUCCAUCGGGUGGGCUCCUCGCCCCUGGAUCUCGCGUGCAGCAGACCGCAUGGUUCCUUUCUGCCUCAAUUGCUCCAUCUUCCCUGGAGACAUGUCCCCCAGGGGUGCAAGAAGCCCAGUGCCCUGCAAUGGCAGUUGGGACUGGGGGCCCUUUAAGCCUGAGGACUUGACCCUGACUGACAAGGAGCUGAGACUCAAGUACCUAGGGCCCCAGCAGACGGAGCUGUUCAUACCCAUCUGUAUCACAUACCUGUUGAUCUUCGUGGUGGGCACCGUGGGCAAUGGGUUGACCUGCAUAGUCAUCCUUCGCCACAAAGUCAUGCGCACACCCACCAACUACUACCUCUUCAGCCUCGCCAUAUCGGACCUGCUGGUGCUGCUGGUGGGCCUACCCCUGGAGCUCUAUGAGAUGUGUUAUAACUACCCCUUCCUGCUGGGUGCUGGUGGCUGUUACUUCCGCACACUGCUCUUUGAGACAGUCUGCCUGGCCUCUGUGCUCAAUGUCACCGCCCUGAGUGUGGAGCGCUACGUGGCCGUGGUGCACCCACUGCAGGCCAGGUCCGUGAUGACCCAGGCCCACGUGCGCCGCAUGCUCGGAGCUGUCUGGGGCCUUGCUGUGCUCUGCUCGCUGCCCAACACCAGCCUGCAUGGCAUCCAGCAGCUGGAUGUGCCCUGCCGGGGUCCGGUGCCUGGUUCGGCGACGUGCACGCUGGUCCACUCAAAAGCCCUCUACAACCUGCUCAUGCAGACCACCACUCUGUUCUUCUUCUGCCUGCCCAUGGCCACCAUCAGUGUGCUCUACCUGCUCAUUGGGCUGCAGCUGCGGCGUGACAGGCUGCUGCUGCUCAGGCAGGGGGCCAAGAGCAGCGCCAGGUCCAGCAACAGAGGCAGGUUCCAGCAACUACAGGAUAGGAGUCGGACACAGGUGACCAAGAUGCUGUUUGUGCUGGUCCUGGUGUUUGGCAUCUGCUGGGCCCCGUUCCACAUCGACCGACUCAUGUGGAGCUCCGUGUCCGAAUGGACCGACGGCCUGCUCCUGGCCUUCCAGUACGUGCAUGUCGUCUCCGGCGUCUUCUUCUACCUCAGCUCGGCCGCCAACCCUGUGCUCUAUAGCCUCAUGUCCAGCCGCUUCCGGGACACCUUCCGGGAAGCCCUGGGCUUGGGGACCUGUUACCACCACCGCAGCCUCCGCAACAGCUCCCGCAGCCCCAGCAGGGUGACCACAGGCAGCACCCUGUGUGACAUGGGCUCCCUAAGCUGCAGGGCCCACCCUCUGACUGAGAACUGUGGCCCAGAAGGGCAGCAAGAGACCGACUUUGGAGGGACCUCAAAGAAGCUUCACCUGGAGGAGCCAGAGGGCCACGUGCAGCUGUGGGUGCCGCACCUGCCCUCCUCUGCAGGGACGCCUUCAUGCCUGUCCCCCUUGGUGCCCUGUCCCCACUGUGGCCACCUCAGUGACCCCUGCCCCCACCAUGUACCAGAAGGGAUAUAAGGUUACUGUCUGCUCUCCAGACCCCUGGGCCCCCGUUAAAGUCCUUCCCUCCAGCAACAUCACUGUCAGUUAACUGGCACAGCACCCUUCGUCUGGGGACAUCACCGCUCCUGCCACCAGUUCUGAAAUGUUUUCACGGGCCCUACCUUUCCUUCCUGUUUUCUGUCCCUCUCUAGCUCCUGGCCUGCACCUGGGACCUUCCUCCUAUCUGACCCCUCCCUGGCCCCCAGUCAGCUUAUUCUGUGCUGGGAUCUCCACCUCGUGGUGCAACUGGGUAGUAGGGGUGCCAGAGAUCCAGGGGACCUGAUUCCAAUCCCAGCCCUGUUGCCACCUUGCUGUGUGGCAUCAAGUUAAUCACCUCACCUUUCCAGGCCUUGAUCCCGUUUGUAAAAUGAGAGGGGCCCCGAUAUUUUAAG